AGGGAAGUGAUUUCAGUCCACAUUGGACAGGCGGGUGUCCAGAUGGGGAAUGCUUGCUGGGAACUGUAUUGUCUGGAGCAUGGAAUCCAGCCUGAUGGACUCAUGCCCAGCGAUGACAGUGUGGGCAUGGAAGAACCCGACGACGCUUUCAACACCUUCUUCUCUGAGACUGGGAAUGGGAAACACGUUCCCAGGGCCGUGUUCAUCGACUUGGAACCCACUGUUGUUGGCGAGACUGGAACUUAUAGAGGUUUGUUCCACCCUGAGCAGCUGAUUUCCAUGAAAGAAGAUGCUGCAAAUAAUUAUGCCAGAGGUCAUUACACAGUUGGAAGAGAAGCGAAUGAUGCCGCAUUGCCGAUUUUACGAAAAUUGGUUGAACAAUGUUCUGGUUUGCAAGGAUUCCUCAUUUUCCAUUCAUUUGGUGGUGGAACAGGGUCAGGAUUUGCUUCACUUCUCAUGGAAAGAAUGUCUGCCGAUUAUGGCAAGAAAACCAAGCUCUGCUUCUCUGUUUAUCCAGCUCCUCAAGUUUCCACGGCAGUUGUGGAGCCGUACAAUGCGAUUUUGCACACCCACACGUCUCUGGAACACGCCGACGUGGACUUUAUGGUUGACAACGAAGCCAUUUACGACUUGUGCAAAAAUAAAUUGCUGAUUGGUCGUCCGACGUACACGAAUCUGAAUCGAAUAAUCGGCCAACUGGUGUCCAGCGUCACGGCUUCUCUGCGAUUUGACGGGGCUCUGAAUGUGGAUCUCACUGAAUUCCAAACAAAUCUCGUCCCUUAUCCACGAAUUCAUUUCCCAAUGGCAACCUGGGUACCUGUUGUGAAUGCCGAGACAGCCAACAACGAAGCCCUGAACGUGCAGCAAAUUACGCAAAUGUGUUUCACGCCGGAAAGUCAAAUGGUGAAAUGCGACCCAAGGAAUGGGAAAUACAUGAGCGUGUGUUUGUUGUACCGCGGGGACGUGAUUCCAAAGGACGUGAAUGCGGCCAUUGCCAAGAUCAAGAGCCAGAAAACCAUCGAGUUUGUGGAAUGGUGUCCCACUGGAUUCAAAGUCGGCAUCAACUACCAGCCACCCACAGUCGUGCCAAACGGGGAUUUGGCGAAAGUCAGACGUGCUGUUUGCUGCUUAACCAAUACCACUGCCAUUAAGGAAGCCUGG